AUGAAAUCUCCUACUUAUAUUUUAAAGAAUGCAUAUUAGGAGCAUUUGGUUGAGUAAUAAUAUAUCAAACAUGUUUCGAAGAUAUAAAAUACUACUGCUAAUCUUUAAGUGAGUCAGAGUGAGCAUGAAUAAAUGAACAAAAUAAAAUAUUAUCGUUAAUAGAAGGAGAGGACUCGUAAAUUUAUGGAACAGUAAACUCAAUUGUUUAGAUAUUAAUCGGAUAAUGUAUUAGCAAAAAAACUGAUUACAGCAGAUUCUAAAACUAGAAAAGUGCAUGAAUCAAAGACAGUGAAGUCCUUAAUUGCAACAGCUCAAAAAUAAUAAUCAUAUGAGAUAGGGUUAGAGAAUAUAAGAUUGGGGAAGAGGAUCUUGCACUUGCCAUCUGUGAUAAAGAAAAAGGAAUUCGAUAAAUCUUAUGCUAAACACGAAUAAAAUAUGAUGUAUGCUAGUAGAUUGAGAAAUCAAAACAAAUCUAAGACUACUUCGAAUAAGUUAAUAAAGGAUUGUGGACCAAUAUUUACAGAGGUGCCAAUCGCAUUCAAAUUAGUCGUAUUUAACAAAGAAUUAUAAAACAAAGAUUAGAAGACAGAAUGUUUGUAUUGUGUGGAAGCACAUUUAAAAGAUCAAUUAUUACAUAGAACAGAUUCUGUGACAUUUGAAUAAUUCUAGUAACUCAGUUUUAAAGUGCCUAUGAAUGAACAAUAAUAUGAAGGAUAUUAGAAUGAUCCAUUGAUUUUAAAGAUUUGGAAAAUAAAAAAUAAUAGUGAAUUGUACAUGGGACAAAUAUUCGUGGGAUUUAAUGAUUAAUUGAGUGAGAAGGAUUUAAUGAAGAGAGUGAAUGAUAGAGAAAUUUGGAAUGGUUUUAUUUAAUUAUGA